AAUAAAUAGCCCAGCUCAAUAUAGUUAUCAUAUCCAUCUAUCAGUAAACUAGGGCUUCAAUACAAAGCUGCUUAUCCCAACUCAGAAUAAUUUCAUUUCUUCGUAGCAGCAACCUAAGAUCUUAUUACAAUCAUGACGGAGGACGAUAAUCAGAAUGAGGUGAAAGAGGAGGUCAAGGAUGAUGUUGGGGAUAUAGCUCCAUUUGACCCUUCAAAGAAGAAGAAAAAGAAGAAGCCAGUGGCUCAAGAACUAGCUGAAGAUGAUCCUGUUGAUACUCUAGCUGAGAAGACUGAGAGCUUGUCUGUUUCAGAUGGUCUUGAAACUUCAUUUGCUGGUCUAAAAAAGAAGAAGAAGAAACCGGCACAUGCUGAUCUGAAUGAAGAGAAAGAAGCUGUUGGUGAAGAUGUGGAUGAUACAAUUGGAGAGGAUGAGGAAGGAGAAGGAAUUGUUUUGCAACAAUACCCAUGGGAAGGAAGUGAUCGGGAUUAUGAACAUGUGCAGCUCCUUGGGAGAGUUUUCAACAUUCUUCGAGAGAAUAACCCUGAGCUUGCAGGGGAUAGGCGCAGAACAGUUAUGAGACCCCCUCAAGUACUUCGUGAAGGCACAAAGAAAACUGUUUUUGUGAAUUUCAUGGAUCUCUGCAAAACGAUGCAUAGACAACCAGAGCAUGUGAUGACUUUCCUUCUGGCUGAAAUGGGAACAAGUGGAUCUCUUGAUGGCCAACAAAGAUUGGUUGUUAAAGGAAGGUUUGCCCCCAAGAAUUUUGAGGGAAUCUUGCGACGCUACAUUAAUGAGUAUGUCAUAUGCAAUGGUUGCAAAAGUCCUGAUACUAUUCUUUCAAAGGAGAAUCGUCUUUUCUUCCUCAGAUGCGAGAAGUGUGGUUCUGGGAGGUCAGUGGCCCAGAUCAAGGCUGGAUUUGUGGCUCGUGUUGGUCGCCGGAAAGCUGGAACAUGAUGAAGUAUUUCUCUUCUUCUGGAACAGUUUGUUCUAUACCUGUGGAAGUGGUUGAUGUAGAUUAUUUUUGUGGUAGUAAUUUUGAGAUUCUGCGUCCUUUGCUAAUAAGACAAGCAUUUUGGUCUAUGAAAUUGGUUGAGGGCAAGUUUUGGUUGAAAAUCUAGUGAUGUUAUGCCUCAGGAUGUUUGAUUGCUUGACAAAUACACAUGAAGUUGUAACAUGAAGUACUAUUAAAUACUCCUUUUUGAGAAUCCUAUUGAACAUAUAGAAUCCAUUCUCUCUC